GUCCACGUGCACGACGCAGACGCAGACGCAACUGACGCAAACCCCGCCCUCAUCCAAACUGACGCAAGGAGAGGAUGCUUGGAAAAGGGAGGUUGAAGCGUACCAUCGGCAAAGGGGCCCCCAUUUACAGACAUGUCACAGACUGUGAACCCGUGCCCCAGUCCAGGAAGCAGAUUCAGCUGGACAACACUGGCUCCAGAGAGGCUGUGGUGCGAAGGAAAGACUCGUUUGUUCAGUCACAUUACUAUGGUACUGAAAGCAAUUUGAAAAAGAGUCUGUCUGUUUCACCAUCCAGCAGCCCUGAAGUUUCUGAAAGGUCUGCACUCCCAAAACAUAUUUUUGAGGAGGAAAACUCAGAUGACAGCAAUGAUGUUCUGUUCAGUACAUCUCCACCCAGAAGUGUGCUUGAUGUUGAAAAAUACAGCCUCGACUCAAGGAUGGAACUCAAGAAAACUGUCAAAGAGACUGUCAAGACCGAAGCUUGGCUCACUGACUGGCAUAAGAAUCACUUGGCGAUUGUAAGUGGCGAGAAGUUUGACAUGCUCCUCAAGAUGUGUCCUGAUUUUCAAGGUUGCAAAAACAACAUGGCGGCUUUUGUCAUGAUAAAAGAGGUGUUGGAUACUGACGGUAAACCCUGUGACCUUUAUAAAGUUGUGGCGUUGGGGGCAGGUUCCUCCAGCUGUCAGAAGUGGCUUUGCUACAAUGGAACAAUGGUCCAUGACUGCCAUGCUAUUGUCAUUGCCAGACGGGCCCUGCUCAGGUUCCUGUACAAACAACUGCUGCUCUUCUUUGACAAGCAUUCAUCGGUGAAGGAGCGUAGUAUUUUUGAGGCCAGCGCAGAGAGGAACCAGCUUCAGCUCAAACCCAAAAUCAGCUUCCACCUUUACUCCAACCAGUCACCGGAGGGCGCCAUAAAAAACCUCUGCUUUGGACCUGCCAACUGGAUGCCGGUGAAGCUGCAGUACCACUCUAAAGGAGCCCUGGUCCCUGUGGUGUACCUGGAGCCGAGCCACUGGGCCUCCAGAGUCUGCAGCAUGUCCGCCAGUGACAAACUGUGUCGCUGGACUGUGAUUGGGGUGCAGGGGGCGCUACUGAGCCACUUCAUACAGCCCGUCUACAUCACCAGCAUGGUUCUAGGUGGGCAGAAAUUGUCCAACAAGGAGGUGCCUGAUAUCACUAACAAGCGCCUGGGUGAGGGCUGGGAGGAGCUGCUGCCUCCACCUUUCAGGAAACACAACAUCCACUUUAUCUGCGGGGAACAAGUGGCUUCUGGGUCGUCCUCUGCAAACAGCCAUCUCAGCCUCAACUGGAGCCUGGGGGACAGAGACAUUGAGGUCCUGGACAGCAGCAAUGGCCUCAUCAUCGAACGUUCCCCUUCUGUGAGUGGGCCCGGCUUCUCCAGCAGACUCUGUAAGAGAGCCCUCUACAAAUACUUCCGCCAAGUUGCCGAACUCGGCGGCCAUAACUAUCUGCUGGACCUACCUACGUACCACAGCGCUAAGGUAGAUGCAGGACUGUAUCAAGCUGCCAAAGAACUUGUCAAUCAACAGUUUGUGAACAACCACGCUGGUCUCUGGGCGUCCAAAAAGCUAGUGGACUUAUUUAGCCCGUAAAGAAAGGGGGCAGAUUUAAAAAAAGUUUGAGUUUCUCUUAAGAGUGUUCCCUGUUGGCAGUUGCCCUCCUCUGUAAUUUUUAUUUAGUUUUAUGCAAAAUGUCAAUGUUGUUUUGGUUUGGUGUGGGAGUUUGAGAAAAAUAAAAAUGGCCCACUGUUGUGCACCGCAGUGAAGUCGUCCCUGAAUGAGCAGUGGGUGGAACACAUCUGCACUGUCAAGGCAAAUUCACAAAAAUUUACUCGUCUGUAGCUAAAAGCUGCUUUACCAAAACCGCAAUCCCAACAGAUCUAUGCAUGCUUUUGAGUAGAUGUACUAGUACUAAUUCAACUCAAGGGAAUGUAUUAAAAAGAUAUUGCUUAACAUUUAUUUCUGCACAUACUACUACUUUUUCUACUACUGCAAAGUUCUACUACUGCUACCUCCAUCACUACACUGUUGCUUCUACUACUGCUACUUCUUCUAUAUUGCUUAUUGUAAUAUGCUGCUACUAUUACUGUAGUACUACUAUUGCAAAUAUACUACUACUGUUAAUGUACUGGUACUAUUGUUAAUAUACUACCACCACAUCUAAUCCACUGCUCCUUAGGGCAGCAAGAUUAAUCACAAUCAAAUCAAGCUCACAAUUUGAUUAAUAUUUUUGUCAAUUCUUUUGGGCAUGUUUAAAAACAACAGAUUCAAAGACAUAAAAAUGCAAAUCUAAUUGCAAAGCUCAUCAGGCUUUUUUUCCAAAUCACCCUACUGCUGUUAAUUUCCUACUAGUACUUCUGUUAAUAUACUAAUACAGCUAAAAUAGAACAUUAGUUCAUGCCAGACAUGUGACCUACACACAAACAGCUGCCAUAUUGGUUCUACUUCUAAUGUCAACAAAUGUCUCCAAAGAAAAUAUGCAUAAACUGCUCAAAUAUCCGUC